AUGAAACGACAGCGGGAGAUUCAACCGGACUGCGAGCUCAAACCGUUCAUAAAAAAGUGAGUAUAGUAAUCCCUAGGGUAGCGAAUUCUUGUUUGUAACUGUUUUUAUGUGAGAUUGUGUGUUGGUGUGAAACGAGAAUUUCUGAUCAAAACUUCCCGUGUGUUUUCGAGUAAAUCGUUCUUUUUUGGUCAGUUAAUUAGCAAACUUCACAGCAUUUUUCGAAAAUCGUGUUCAUAUUUCAGUGAUUCUCCCGAGACUGGACACCUAGCUGAACAAUUGCUCGAUUCACCGACUUAUGGCCUCCUUUCCUACGUUCAAGGAGUUGAUUGGGCAUUUCUGUUCGUGGGAACGCUAUCCGCUGUGAUUCAUGGAGCAGGACUACCAAUUCUGGGCAUUGGUAAGUGUGGGGAUUACGGUAGCUUUAAGACUCAGCAAUUCUGAUAGCUCUGACGUAAAUUCAAGUUCCUGUUACGGCAGAUGUACGUAUAUUGGAAUGGAAUCGGAAGCGGAAACGAGAAAACGAGAAAACACUUGACACCCUCACUUGAUCUUUUCAUCUUCAUUUGCAUAUUUUCGAACAACGUGCGAAAUUGAAGAACAUUCAUGUUUCUCCUUCAUUUACAUUUCGAAACUGUGCAUUUGAAGAAGAUGAGACCCAGAACGUAUUUGAAUCUAAAAAGUGCAUAUUUUGUUUUUAAAAAUCUGCUGGAAUGUGAACAAACAAUAUUUUUGGCUGACGUCACUGUGGUACAGAACUAGGUUUGACUACAAAAAACGACCCUUUUCACCUCUUUGCUCGUCUUUUUCUCGUCUGUUUUGUUUCGUUCCAAAUGACUGUCCGAUCUUUAACUUGAACUAUGUACCCUCCGCUAAUCGGGGCUUUGAUUGGCGAAUGACAUCAUUUCUGUGAACUUGUGGUCUCUGCCAUCGAAAGUAUAGUGAAGGGAGAAAAGAAUGCACUAAACAAUGAAUUUCAGUACUCGGAGGAAUGACUACCGUAUUCCUGAGAGCACAAAGCUCGCCGUUCGUCACUGGAAUUGUGACGAAUGUGACCACUAAUGGAUUGGAGCCGAUUACACAGUGAGUUUACGGGGAGAAAUGGCUGGAAAAGAGAGCAGAGAACAAUUUUGUUGUGAACUACACUCUUGAACUCUACUCUCUCUCUCCCGUACUAUCUUUUAUCAUAUUACGAAACUCGAUUACUCCUCGAUUUCCGAUUAUGCACGUAAUUAGAUUAUUUGUACCUGAAAGUGUUUCUGAUCAUGUUCUCCAGAAAACCAUUUUGUAAUUCUAUGUACGCUCAACCACAGCACACAAAAAAAAUUGACCACUUUUUAUAGUCCACACUGAUCAAAGCUAAUUGCGGCGCGCCGCAAAAAAGAACAAAACAGCUGAUAAAAAAAAAGUGUGGCGCAAUCAAUCAGAUGUCACUUUCAGUUUCCGAUUUUCGAUUCCAAAUUUGUGAUCAGACUGCCCUUUCGUCUCUAAAUUAUUUUACUUCCUUGUUGAACCGAACGCCAAUCAAAAGACGACAAAACGUUUUUGCAGAAAUGACUUCGACGCGGAAGUUUUCAAGUCUUGCCUUCAAUACCUGAUGCUUGGAGUCAUGGUGUUUGUGACGUCAUACACACAAAUUGCAUGUCUGGAAUCGUAUGCGGAAAGAUUGGUGCAGAAAUUGAGGGAAGCGUACUUGAGAGCAAUCCUCAGGCAACAAAUUGAUUGGUUCGAUGGACAUCCCACCGGAAAUUUGACCUCCAGGCUCACAGAGUAAUUUUUUUGAAAUAUUUCAGAGUAACAUCAACUUUGAAACAAAGAAAACAUUCGUUUUUCUAAUCAAUCACAUUUUCAGCGACCUGGAGCGAGUUCGUGACGGAAUCGGGGACAAGUUCGCCAUGUUCGUCAAUCAAUUUUCCGCUUUCUCGGCCGGACUUGUUCUCAGCUUCUACUACAGCUGGUCGAUGACACUUGUCCUAAUUUUUUUUGGUCCUUUCAUAGUGGCAUCCGGCUUCUGGAUGAGCAAACACAGUUCAAAACGAUCAAAGGUGGAGUUGGAAUCCUACGCAGUCGCUGGAUCCAUCGCCGAGCAAGCAUUCUCGUCAAUACGGACGGUUCAUGCGCUGAACGGGCAUUCCGAGGAACUGAACAGAUUUCAUGCAGCUCUGGAGAAUGGAAGACUAGCUGGUCUGGUCAGAUACAUUUAUCUAGGAUGUGGUGUUGGAUCAAGCAACUUCCUGACUUAUUGCACUUACGGAGUCGCCUUCUGGUUUGGAGCAUAUCAAAUAUCAAAUGACCCGCAUAUCGAUAGAGGGACUGUGUUUACUGUAAGUAUCUACCCAAAGACUGUACCUGGUUUUGCAAAAUUGUUCUUUUUCAGGUUUUCUUUGCCAUGUUCUCCGGAUCCAAUGCGCUUGGACUCGCUUUCAAUCACUGGGCCAACUUCAGAUCAGGAUGUGCAGCCGCUUCUACCGUACUCCGUGUCAUCAACACCCAUCCAACUAUCGACCCGUAUUCCAAGACAGGAAUUCACGUGAACAACACGAGAGGAGCAAUUUCUUUUCAAAAUGUGCAUUUCCGGUAUCCGUCACGGAAAGAUGUUCCGGUUCUAAAUGGACUUUCUUUGACUGUGAAAUCAGGAGAGAAGAUUGCACUGGUUGGAUCAAGUGGAUGCGGAAAAUCCACUAUCAUCAACCUUCUGCUUCGUUUUUACGAUCCAACGAAAGGAAAAGUGACUUUGGACGGGCAGGAUUUGACGGAAGUGAACGUGCAGAGUCUUCGAGAACAGAUUGGGAUUGUGAGCCAAGAGCCAGUGCUUUUUGAUGGGACAAUCCUGGAAAAUGUGGAAAUGGGUAGUGAGAAUGUCACUAUUGAGCAAGUCGUAGCGGCGUGCAAAAUGGCCAAUGCGCACGAUUUCAUCAAGAAAUUGCCGGAUGGUUAUCGAACAAGAGCUGGAGAAAAGGGAUUGCAGUUGAGCGGAGGACAGAAACAGAGAAUUGGUAAGAUUUUCGAAAUUUCCGAUAAAAAGAGUUCCCCCCUUUCAGCAAUCGCCCGUGCCCUUGUCAAAAAUCCUAAAAUCUUGCUCUUGGACGAAGCGACAUCCGCUCUGGACUCAGAAGCGGAGAGAGAAGUCCAAAUGGCAUUGGAACGAGCGCAAACAGGAAGAACCACCAUCAUCGUGGCCCAUAGAUUGAGUACUAUUCGGAAUGUGGAUCAGAUUUUUGUGCUUCAAUCUGGUAACAUUGUGGAGACGGGAAAUCACGAAGAGCUCAUGGCAAGGAAAGGGGUUUUCUAUGAGAUGACGCAAGCUCAGGUUGUCAGACUGCAAACUGAGAGAGGUUUUACUGAAAUUUUUGAAACACGGAAGGAUAAAGAUGAGAUGUUCAGAUAAUGAGGAUUCGGUUUCUAUACCUGGAGACAUCGUAGUCAGCAGAAAGUCUUCAAUCCAAUCCGCCAUGUCGUUUGCAGCAUCUAUCCAAGAAGGAAAAGGUGAUAAACUUAAAGUACGUUUGGUUUUCGGGCGACAGCAGAGAUGUUUGUUUUUUACAGGAACCGACGCCAGUUCCAACGCCGUUAUUAAAAAUAUUCGCGUACAAUAUGGAAUAUUUCUGGUGGUUUUGCGGUGGAGUCAGCGGUUCGGCUGUUUUCGGACUAUUGACAUCACUCUUUGCCGUGGUCUACGCAGAAAUUAUCAGGGUGAGCAUGAUUUGAAAAGUGGUUCUGACGAAAGUGAAAAGAUUUUUCAAAAUUGUUUCGAAACUUUGUUUAUUGACAAUAAAGACCAGCAUUUGGCGCAGAAAUUGAAAAAAGUCAAUAAAUCGUAUCCGAAAAUUGUAUUCCAAAAAUUGCUUUCCAGGUGUACUCGGACCCGGCAGACACCAUCUUGAACGACGUGAUCCCGUUGUGCAUCAUAUCCAUUGUCAUCGGUCUCGUGUUCUUCGCCGCUUUCUUCAUUUCUGUCAACUGCGUGGGCAGAUGCGGAGAAGCAAUGACAAUGAAACUCCGCUACGAAGCAUUCAAGAACAUUUUGAGACAAGAUAUCGCGUUUUUUGACGAUGAGAGACAUGGAACUGGAAAACUUUGCACGAGAUUCGCUUCGGAUGCGCCAAACGUUCGCUACGUCUUCACCCGUCUCCCACACGUUUUGGCAUCAGUUGUUACCGUCAUCGGAGCCCUUGGAAUCAGUUUCUGGUACGGGUGGAAGUUGACGUUUCCCCUUCUUCUCGUUUUCCUCCUUCUGCUUGGCGGAGGGGUCAUCGACAUGCGAGUAAGAAGCGGAAAAAAGAUGAAAGAUUCGAAACUCUGGGAAGAAGCUGGAAAAGUCGCGGUACAGGCUGUCGAACACAUCCGAACUGUUCAGGCAUUGAAUCGUCAAGGCUACUUCCACGAAAUCUUCUGCCGACACCUCAAGGAGCCGUAUAAAAACAAUAUGCUUUUGGCACACUUCUACGCAUUCAUCUAUGGAUUCAGCCAGUGUAUGUUGUUUUUCAUGUACGCCGCCACUUUCUAUCUUGGAAAGAAUUUUGUGAUGAACGACGAGAUGAAGCCGAUCGACGUAUUCAAAGUGUUCUUUGCUUUAACCUUUGGGGCGAACAUGCUCGGAACGACUUCCUCCUUCAUUCCGGAUGUGUCCAGAGCACGGAUUGCUGCUACCAAGCUCUUUGAGCUCAUCGAAUAUCCAACGGCAAUUGAUAAUUUGUCAAACGAAGGAAUGAAGAAAAAGAUCAAUGGCGACAUUUCAAUAAAUAAUGUUCAUUUUACCUAUCCUACACGUCAAGAGACUAAAGUUAUGCAGGGUUUAACACUUGAAGUAAGCCAGGAAAACAAUUCGUCCAAAAAUUGUAAUAUUUUCAGAUCAAAGCAGGUCAAACAGUCGCUCUAGUGGGUCACUCUGGAAGCGGGAAGUCAACUAUCAUGAGUCUUCUUGAGCGGUUUUACAAUCCAGACAAAGGAGUCAUUGUGCGUACCAUUACUGUCAUCUGAUCACCAAACACUUUUCCAGACGGUGGAUGGUGUUAAUAUUGAAGACUUCAACAUAGCCAAUCUCCGUCAACAGUUGUGCAUCGUCAGUCAGGAACCGACCCUGUUCAACUGUUCCAUUUCGGAAAACAUUCGAUACGGGAUGAAGGAGACAGUGGGCCACCAAGAGGUCGAGGAAGCCGCCAAGAUGGCCAAUAUCCACACUUUCAUAGCCGGGUUACCAAACGUAAGUCAAUCUUUCCCCUGAAUUUUUGUUUUUCUAUGUUUUCUAUUAUCUUAAAAUCUGAUCAUUCAAAAGCAUGAGUGAAGAUGAAAAAACAACGUUAUCCUCUCAAAACUAAGCGCUGUCUCGAGUCACUGUGUGAAAUAUGUUUAAAAAAUUUGCUUUCAGGGAUAUGAUACGAUGGUUGGUGAAAAAGGAACGCAUCUAUCUGGAGGACAGAAGCAACGAAUCGCUAUUGCACGUGCACUGGUCAGAUCUCCCGCUGUUCUUCUUCUAGACGAGGCCACUAGUGCUCUGGACACUGAAAGUGAACGGGUUAGUGAACACACCCGAUUUUCUGUAAAAUUUGAAAACUUCAGCUUGUCCAGGAAGCUCUCGAAACAGCGAAAAAAGGUCGUACAUGUGUAGUCAUUGCCCAUCGCCUGAGCACAAUUCAAAACUCCGAUCUAAUCGCUGUGAUCAAAGAUGGAGGGAUUGAAGAAUCGGGUACUCACGAAGAGCUGAUGCGGCGCAGCAAGAGUUAUCAGAAGUUGGUGAAGUCGCAGCACAUCAUGGAUCAUCACUGA